UCAUAAUUCAUAAUUCAUUGUCAUUCCAUUUCGCACACCGGACAAUGCCAUGAUAAAUAAGUGGCGCCUGUAAUUCGGGAAUAUCCUUAAUGGAGUGAUAAUGACCUAGUUCAUUAAAUGAGUUCAUUUUUCGACCUGCUCCAUUCGGGAAAUUGGAAAGCAAAAACAUUAGGCUGACAGCGCGCUCCAGAUCGCUUACACCACUAGGACAGAGGCGCCAGUAUGGAGGACUCAGCAGGUAAAACCGAUUUGAAUUCCACCCACUUCGGUUCUCCCACUGUUGCCAAUACGAGAAAAAUCGGAACAGAAAUUUCUCCAAAUAUCUAUGUUAUUAAGGUACCAAAAGAACGAGCACCUCUUCUCGACAGCCACCAGCAAGGUUCUUCGAGCUUCCAUCCAACCGUCCCCACCAGCUACCAGAACCCUCCUGAAGUCGCUGUAUUUCCUGCUUCUGGCGCUAGUGGUUCCCGAGACGAGGCUGACGGCGUGAUUCCCCCUCAGAGGCAUGGCCACAGGAAGGGCAGUAGGACCAGUGAUGGCAGCGAGGUGGCUCUGAAGGUUUACAAGUCGAGGUUCUGGAUCUUGAUUACGUUCUCCAUCUUGGCUUGGUUCCAGUGCGUCCAAUGGAACACUUGGGGUCCCAUCAGCGAGAGCGUCGACGCUGCCUUCACAGGAUGGGGGUCUCAGACAGUGGCUAUGAUGGCCAACUGGGGUACCAUUACCUUCGUCCUGAGUGUCGUGCCCAUGUGCUGGCUGAUGGAAACCAAGGGGCUUCGAGCAGGAGUCUUGACGUGUACGAUCCUGGUAGCCAUUGGGACAGUGGUUAGGAUAAUUCCCUUUUUAACUCACUCGGACUCCUUCUUCACGGUAAUGUGUCACAUCUGUGCCAUUUUUGUGGGUAUCCCAGGAACUCUUAUAAUGGCAGCCCCUCCUAUGAUAGCCGCCUCCUGGUUUCCUCCCAAGGAACGGACAACUGCCACAGCUUUCUCGCAGGUAAUGAACCAGCUUGGUAAUGCCGGCAGUUACUUAGAACCUCUGAUUGUGCGGGCUCCUGGCGAGGGUGUUACUCCGUCCGACAUCCAGAGCGACAUUAAGCUCCUACUGUACAUAUAUGCUGGAUUUGCUGUUGCUUUAAUGUUGGCAAUUCUGGCGUACUUCCCCUCCAAGCCCCCGACACCUCCCUCGAUAACUUCUUCUAUCGAGAGACAUGAUUUUGUAACCAGCCUUAAAAAGAUUAUUAGAAAUCGGGAUCUCAUGUUAGUCACCUUAUCGUAUGGUGUGUCGGUGGGUGUUCCUGCCGCCUGGAUGAGUGUUCUUAAUUACUCCCUAAAAGAACUAGGAAUCCACCAGGAUGAUGCAAUGUGGAUUGGAAUUCUGGGUGUCAUCAUGUCAGGCAUAUGUGGCUUGCUGGCUGGUCGCAUGACGGAUAUAGUUUAUGGGCAUGUGCGGAUAUCACUCAUUUUCUUGAUGAUAUCGACCGUCGCCUGCUUCUACUGGUUCUUCCUUCUUACUUGGGGUUCCAUCCCAGUCACCACUUGGCAAGUCUACUUCACUGUUGUUGGAGGAUUAUCCUUUAACUUUGCGACGGCUCCUCUAUUCUUCGAGUUAGCGGUGGAAACAGCAUACCCCUGUCCAGAGGUGGUUGUGGGCGGCCUGGUUACGGCGACCAAUAAUUUGCUUGGACUCUUCUUCCUUAUGAUGUUCUUCAUUCCUGAUAUAGGGUACCAGUGGGUGACAUACCUACUACUUGCUUCUUCGUCAACGGCAAUCCUACCCUUGUUGUUUGUAAGAGAGGAUUACGCCAGGUCCAACAUUGACCGGGGAGAGCCCGUCGAGUCGGCUUACCAGCCCAUUUGACAGAAGGCAAGUAACGACCAUAAGAAAAGGUUCCCAGAAUCAAUCAAGAUAGAAUAAGGGAUUACGACCGAUGACCUUAGGGUUGUGGAUUUGGUUGUUAGGUUUACAAGGUUUUGGUAUUAUUGAUGAUUUGUACUUUGUAAUUUGGUUUCAGAGUUGUGAAGGAUUUGGGAACUAUUUCUAUCGUCGUGAAUAAGAUGUACCAGAUAUUUAUACUAUUUUUUAAAAGAAAGUAGUUUUAUGGAUAUCUCUUAUUAUUUUAUAUGUUAUUUCAAUUAUAUAUAUGUAUAUAUAUAUAUCUUAUUUUACUUUAGAGAGAUUUGUGAUAGAAUAUACCUCAUUGUGAUAUUUGAUAAUACUGACUCAUAAGAGAUUAUUUUCCAUGCACUUUUUCAUGUUUAGAUUUACCAGCUCCUACUAUAUGCAGGAGGUAUUUAAUAAAAAGGUAUGAAAGAAGUGAAUGCCUAAAUUAUUGGAAAUCUGUAAAAAGGUGUAAAAAGGUUUUAAUCUAUAAAUGACUUUUCUCUUGUGUGGGAUUUAUCACUAGUCUUUUGAGUUCAGGUACAUUUUCAUGGAGGUGAAAUGAGUAUGAUUAGUAACUAAAAAGAAAAAUUGUCAUAAGACUUGGUUCAAAUUGGUUUGUUGCAAGCAAAAUAGAAGAAUGAAAGAGAUUUGCUUUAGUAAUUACUUUUCAUAUAAAGAUUCAAGAUUUGGUUUACUGAAUUGUUUAGUUUAGCAUAACUCUGCACAGUAUAUGUGGAGGGAAACAUGAGCUUCAAGUACAUUUGCAUAGUGAACAUUAUGCAAAUGCUAGUGCUUUGCUAGUCUAUAUGUCUGACCACCAUACAUGCUCGGAUAUUGAGAAUCAGACAUAUGUAUCCAUUAUUAUAUGAUGUAUAUUGUCUGUUAGACCAUUAAAGGUAUAUUAUAUAUAUAACAAGCUUUUAGUUGAAAGAUAAGCAAAGUAUUUUGCAUUUUGUAGUUCAAUUUUAGUCAGGGUUGUGUAAUUAAGCUUUAUACCUCAUUUUGCAUUGUAGUUUGUGCUACCGGUGGUAAAACAUAUCACAAACACUUUAAGCAUUCUUGUAUUCUGGUCAAUGUCAAGCAGAAGUCAAAAUUGUUUUAGUGGGAUGUCUUUAGAAAUGCAUGCAUACUAAACCACAGGAUAAAAGUGGGGCUUAGCCUGACAUGAAACCAGGACCUACUAUUUAUAAAGCUUUCUACCUUCAAACUAUGCCUUGUCCCUUGGUAAUGUAACUUGUACAUUUAAAGAGGGGGGUUGGUAUUAUUAGUUACAACGACUUAUAAGACAUAGGUUUCUAGCAGUAGUUUUGUUACCAGUAUUUCCAGAGAUGGAAUAUUAUCUAUGAAAUUAAUAUCCCAAAGAUUCUAUUUUGUAAGGAAUAAAGGUAAUUUUAUGUAGAGUGAAUACUGCAUUUUUAUACAGUUAAUAUUUGAGUUCUCAGACACUAAAAUGUGAAUGACUGGUAAUGCAGUGAAGAAUUCUCAUGCCUAUCAUGCUGAUAGGAUUGCAUGUAAUUUAGUUAAAUAAACUAAUUGCUUUA